AUUACGGUUAGCGUCACACAGGUCAGGCUUGGCACAGCGGCUGUGAGAAUAGGCACCUGUUGGCGCAAAGGUGACAGGACAGACACAGCGCAAAGCUGCUGACUCGUGUCUCAUCUCACGUAUCGCUGCAGCUGAAUCCAGAACUAACUUUGGAGUUUAAGUUAUUUGGAUGUGGCAAGCCAACUGCAGACAAAUGCUGAGUUUAACGAACUGGAUAUCUGAGACAGUCAUGGGCGGGUGUGUGGGGAGGGAUCAGCUGGACGGACCAGGGCCUGCCAGGACCUCUACAUGGAGCAAAAAACGAGGAGGACGCAAUGAGCCCCUUAAGAAGGAGUGCCCUAAAUGGAAGAGUGAGUACCCUAUGACUGAGGGCCAGCUGAGGAGUAAGAGGAAUGAGUUUUGGGACACGGCUCCAGCCUUUGACGGCAGGAAGGAGAUUUGGGACGCGCUCCGAGCGGCAGCAGUGGCUGCAGAGGUUAACGACCUGGAACUGGCUCAGGCCAUAGUGGAUGGAGCCUGCAUCACACUACCACACGGUACGCUGACAGAGAGUUAUGAUGAGCUGGGGAACCGCUACCAGCUUCCUGCCUACACUCUAGCCCCUCCCACCAACCUCAUCAAUGAAUGCACCAAUGAGAGCCAAGCUCCCAAUCUAAAGGAGCAGAAAAGGCCUCCCCCUCCUCCUAAAGAGGAGUUCCAGCUACGAGUACGUCUCUCGUGCGGUAAGGACCUACGUAUAAGCGCCUCCAUGUCAGACUCCAUUUCCCAGCUGAAGACAGCCCUGGAGGGGCAGGAGGAUAUUGAAGCGGCCCACCAACGCUGGUUCUUUGCAGGGAAACUGCUAACAGAUAAGACCCGGCUCCAGGACACUAAGAUACAAAAAGACUUUGUGGUCCAGGUCAUCGUGAACAACUACUCACCCGUAACCAAACUCAUACCAAACUGAGAGAGAGAGGUGACGCAAGGCCUUGUUUCACUCCUCUGGAAGUUAAGAACACCAGGGUUGUGUUCAUUAGCGCACACUGUAGGGAAACGUUUUGCAACAGAAAACAAACAUGUUUUUAUUGUACAUGUUUAGAUAGUUCCCCCAAGUUUCGGACCACUUUCUUACAUUUCACGUCUAGUGGACACUACCCUGAACUGUUGGUUACUGCAAAGGAAAUUGGGGUAUAAUAUUUGAUGAUUAGUUUACGUUUGCUUUUGUAUUUCCUAUCCUCUUUUUGUAUUUCCCAAUUUCCUAAUAAUCCCACAUUGUUAAUUUGUGUAUUUUCACUGCGUAUUUGUAGCCUGGCAAAGAAUGGACAAACUGUAGACUGAACUGGAAGAGAAUCAUGGCAUGAGGAGAAUUUACUACAGUGCGUCUGUCUGUCUGUCUGUCUGUCUGUCUGUCUGUCUGUCUGUCUGUCUGUUUGUUUGUUUGUUUGUUUUUUAUCAUCCACUUCCAUUACACCUCUGUCCCCGACAGUAUAUAAAUGAUUUUCCUUGU